CCUAGAUACAUUUAGGGACUUUAUUUUUGACACAUAAAAGUUAGUUUUAACGGUGUUCCAAAGAGAUUUCGGCAACCUAAAUGUCAAUUUUGGAGUACUCCGAAGCUGUCACAGCCUCUGAAGAAUCCUCAUGGAAAAACGUCCACAACUGUGACCAGUGCCCCUAUUUUACAGCCUCACGUUGGCGUAUGGUGAACCACACACGACUUCACUGUUUCCCGGUGGAAAAUUUCACUUGCUUAAAAAUUGAGACUUACCUUUGUAAAGACUGUGAUUUUACAACGGAUUUAACGAUUCUGUUUAAACAGCACAUUAAUGCGCAUCACGGGCUUAAGAGAGAAUCUGGGGACGACGCGGAGUAUCACGUACAAGACUACGUUUGCGAAAAAUGCGACUUCAAAACAAAUUUCUCGUUAAAGUGGCUCCAACAUGAUUUGGUUUGUCGGUAUGGUUGCGACAAGUGUCCAUAUAAAACUAAAUAUAAAGCUAGACUGGCGUUGCAUUUAAAAAAUCACGCAAUUUAUCGUGAUUGGAAUGAAGACGAAGAGGAAGUCAAGUGGUACAAGUGUGCCAACUGUCUGUAUAAAACCAAACGAAAAGAUAAUUUAAAAGUGCACAUAACUGUCCAACAUUUAGAUGCCAAGUGGCUUCAAUGCAAACAUUGCCAAUUUCAAACUAAAGUGGAAACUUAUCUAAAAAGGCACGUCAAGAAUCGUCAUUCAGUUAAAAACGAUAUUGAUAUUAAAUGGUACAAGUGUGACCAGUGUCCGUAUAAAAUCAGCCGCAAAAUUGAUUUACUAAACCACAUAAAUCAGAUACAUUUGGAUGAACAAGACGUCGAAUGGUAUACGUGUGACAAGUGCCCAUUUAAAUCCAGAUUGAAAAAUAGUUACCGAAAACACCUAAAAAUCUUCCACUUGAAUGAAGAAGACGUUCAAUGGUACGAAUGCAACGACUGUCCAUUUAAAACUAGGUAUAAACAUUGUUUAAAGAAACACGUAAACGCAAUACAUUUAGAGGACGAAAAAGUCAAGUGGUAUGAAUGUGAACAGUGUUCAUUUAAAAGCAAGCAUCGAUCGUAUUUAAGAGACCACAUAAAACGUAUCCAUUCCAGAGACCGAGAAUCGCACAUGUGUGAACUGUGUUCGUUCAAAACCAAAUGCAAACGUACUUUAAAAAGACACAUAAACAAUUUUCACUUGAACGACGACGAAGGUAAAUGGUACGAAUGCGAACAAUGCCCUUUUAAAACUCGAGAUAAUCAAUAUUUGAAGUCGCACGUGACUGCGAAACAUCUAGACGAAGAUAAAGUUAAGUGGUACGGAUGUGAAAAUUGUCCGUUUAGAAGUAAAAAGGCGUCGGAUUUAAAACGGCACAUAAUUUCUCAACACGUGGAUGAAAAGGAAGUUAAGUGGUAUGAGUGCGAAAUAUGCUCUUAUAGAACCAAAUUGGAGUCGUAUUUAAGGAAGCAUAUGAAGGUUAAUCAUUCGGGCAAACCGGAAUGGUACGAAUGUGCGAAGUGUUCGUAUAAAAGUAGAACGAAAAAUGAUUUAAAAUGGCAUGUUAAUGUACACUUGGGGAUCAAAUUGUAUGAGUGUGAAUAUUGUCCAUACAGGGCGAAACGCAAUGAUUGUUUAAAGGGUCAUGUGAAUUACCACCAUUUGGAUGGAAUGGAUGCCAAAUGGUACAAAUGUGAAUACUGUCCUUACAGAAUUAAAAAUAAAACUUCUCUGGCCAGGCAUAUUAAAAAACUACAUGUGUAGGGUUAAUUUAGUUGUAACUUCGUACUGGUUUUUGUAAAAUAUAAAGUGGAUUAGUCAAUGAACACACCUUUUCUUUGUCACCUGGUUGUGUCAUCUAAAAAUUUUUGAGGUUAAAAUGUGAGGUUAUGACGUUUCUUGAAUCGAAACCAUUUCGAAUUUUAACAGUGCUUCCGGGAUAUUUAGGCAACCAGAAUGUCAAUUCUCGAAUAUUCUGAAGCUUUUACAGCAUGGGGUAGAUCUUCAUGGAAAAACGUCCACAACUGUAAACAAUGCCCCUAUUUUUCGACAUCACUUUUGCAUAUGGUGAACCACGUGCGGCGACACCGCUUCCCCGUGAAAAAAUUCGCUUGCUCUAACACCGAAGUCGAAGCUUUCUACUGCAAAGACUGCGAUUUUAAAACAACACUAACGGUUGAGUUCAAACAACACAUUAACCAACACCACGGCUUUAAAAAAGAAUCCAGAGAAGUUUUAUCACGUCAGGACUUUGUUAUACGAAACUACGUUUGCGAGAAAUGUAGUUUCGAAAGCAAUUCGUUUUUAAAGUGUCUUCAGCAUACUUCAGGAUGCACGAGGGAAAACGAAAAUGUUCAGAAUGUGGAUUUAAGCGGCGAAAUACGUUGGCAUUAUUGCGACGAGUGUCCCUUCAGGGCCAAAGUAAAAGGUUGGUUAACUAGACAUAUAAAUAGUGUACAUUUAAACCAAAAAAGCGCUAAAUGGUAUAAAUGUGACAAUUGUACAUAUAAAAGUAACGAUAGACGUAAUUUAAGAGUGCAUACAGACAUCCAUCAUUCCAACAACAAACAAUAUCAGUGCAAAUUUUGUACAUAUAAAGCUAAAGUGAAAGGUUACGUAAAACGUCACAUGGACAUGCACCAUUUGAAUGGAAAACGUUGGUUCGAAUGCGAACAUUGUCCAUACAAAAUUAGAAGUCAAAGAGAUUUAAGAAUCCACGUGAACCGUCACCAUUUAAAAGAGGAAGAUGCCCAGUGGUACACAUGUGAAAAGUGCCCGUUUAAAACCAGAGUGAAAUACGGUUUGAAAAAACACACCAAGUUCGUUCACGCUAAUGAAGAAGACGCUCCAUGGUACGAAUGCACUGAAUGUGGAUUCAAAACUAGGUAUAAAGCGUCUUUAAAGGCACACAUAAAUGCACUACAUUUAGAUGAGGACCAAAUUGAAUGGUUUAGAUGCGAAUAUUGCCCAUUCAAAGCUAAACGGCGAUUCCAUUUAAAAUGUCACGUAAAACGUCGACAUGCGAAUAAUGCGGAAAUUGCAGAAAUUACAGGAAUUAAAUGGUACGAAUGCCAAGAAUGUUUUUUCAAAACUAAAUACAGGAACACGUUAAAGGAACAUCUGUAUGUGAAACAUUUGGAAAACCCGCAAUGGCGCGAACAAAACAUGAUUCAAAAAAAUUUUGUGGAGUGUGAGGACACGGAACUGCGAAAUGUCAAUGUUUGAGGUUAUGUAAUUAUGUAUUUGUAUUUAUCUAGUAUUAUAAUGUCAAUGGUAGAGGGUAUGACAAUUGACAAGUUGUCUCUUUUUAUUAAACGUUUUGACUAGUUGUGGAGGUUUUGCCUCUAAAUUCUUUGUACCUUUUCGAGUUUCGAGCUUCUGCAUUUUUUUGCGUUUAUAAAAUGAGUAUUUACUUUUUACCUCAUACGAAUCGUUUUAAAUUUUGAGGUUAGGUGCGUCUAAAAGUUGCUCGUAAGUGUUUGGGUGGCCAAAAUGUCAAGUUUGGAAUACCGUAAAGCAUUCGCUACAACUGGUCGGUCUUCAUGGAAAAACGUGCACAACUGUAAACUAUGUCCAUUCUUUACUACUUCGCUUUUUCUUAUGAUCAACCACGUGAGGCGACACCGUUCACCAUUCGAAAAAUUCACCUGUGGAAACGCCGAAAUUGAAGUGUUUUUUUGCAAAGACUGCGAUUUUAAAACCGAACUAACGAUUCUGUUCAAACAACACAUUAUCAAACAUCAAGGAUCCAAAGAUUUACCAAGUGAGGACUUCGUCGUACGAAACUACGUUUGCGAAAAAUGUACUUUCGAAACAAAUCUCUCAUUGAAGUUGCUUCAGCAUACUUCACAAUGCACAGGAAUGAAAAUCAGUGUCGGCAAUUCACGUGAAACUAAAAUUGAAGGUGGUACAUGGCACAAGUGCGAAAAUUGCCCUUUCAAAACUAGAACAAAAAAGACUUUAAACAACCACAUGAAUUCCUUUCACUUGCAGGGAGAAGAUAUUAAAUGGUAUGAAUGCAAAGAGUGUCCAUUCAAAACUAAAAUCAAAGGAUGUUUAAAGAGACACGUAACUGCGAAACAUUUAGAAGAAGACAAAAUUAAGUGGUAUGAAUGCAAAGAGUGUCCGUUCAAAGCUAAGUUUAAUUCGCCUUUAAAGAAACACAUACGCCGAAGACAUUUAAAAAAAACGGCAGUGUAUGAAUGUGAGAUGUGUUCAUAUAAAGGUAAAACAAUAAGUUGUUUAAAAAGACAUUCAUGACCCAUUUGGAGAUAAGAUCGUAUCAGUGCGAGUAUUGUCCAUACAAGGCGAAACGCAGGGACCAUUUAAAGAUUCAUCUAAAUAACCGCCAUUUGAAAGGAGCGGACGUUAAAUGGUACAAAUGUGAAUACUGCCCAUUCAAAAGUAAAGAUAAGUCAACUUUGAGUAAGCACAAGAAAAAGCACUUGUGAUUUAAUAUACUUCAUACAUUUUUAUUACUACGUUUGUGUAAAUGUUUUAUGGAUUAAAUUUUUUUUAAACUUU